GGCUUAACCCCGUCCCGCCUCCUGUGGGAGGCAUCCGGGGAGGCAGAUGAUCCAUUGAACAAACAUAGUGUAGUUUUUACAAGUGAAAGAUGACUUAAAAAAAAAUUUCCGAGCGUUUGCCGCAAACUAGUUUUAUUGUUGAUACUUUGGGGGCAGUCUCCAUAACUACAGUCACUUUUACAUAUCUGUUUUCUCCUGUUAUUGGAAUGUGGGGACCAUUGCAAUACUGAGAUGUCCUUGGUGGAUUCAGAGCGCGAGGGUACAUCCCAAGAUUCGGAGGACGAUUUCGACCCAAUUGCAGAUCUUACCACCAUCGACCCAGAGACCCUGGAUCCAAAGAGAGAUUUCUUACGUGAGGCCAUGAACAUAGAAAGGGACAUCAGUUCCAUACUCGUAAGCAGAUCCUUCAGGACAAGCAAGACUGAUAAAGAAAGAUUGUCGAAUCUCGCAGCGGCUUUCUUGGGCAUUAUAACCACGCAGAACACAGUUAUUCACCAACUCAGGGGAAGAUUACACGAGAAAGCUGAACAAAUGAAAGCAUCUAAACCGUCAUACGCAUCUGUGGUGACAGCCUUACUUGACCCACCACGGGAUGAUAGAAACGCCGGCCAUGGAGAGAGGGGCCUUGGGGAAAGAGGUACUAAGGAACACGUUUUGCUGGUAUACCCGAAGGACGAGCAGCGCUCCUCGGAGGACACCAGAAACGAAAUAACUGGCUCAAUAGACCCAAUUAAAUUAAAGAUCGGUGUCAAGCGGGUGAACAAGAUUAGAAAAGGCGGAAUAGUUGUCCAGGUCACUAGAGAAGAGGACAUUGAAAAAUUGCAGCGCGGCAUCGAAAACAGCGCCAUGGGUGACAAAUACAGCUGUACUAAACCUAAAUCUAUAAAUCCAAGACUUAUUUUAUAUGGAGUCUCAGAAGAGAUCGAUAAAGAAAACCUAAUACAAAAACUAAGAGAACAAAAUCAAACCCUGGAGAAUGCAGAGAUGGAGGUGUGUUUCCCCUUGAGAGCUCGAGAGGGCAACCAUUUGGUCAUCACUACCGACCCAGACACCUUCCACAAGAUAAUAUACCUGGGUAAACUAAAUCUAGGAUGGAAAAGGGUCGGCAUAAAGGAAUUCGUCAAGGUAACUCAGUGUUUCAACUGCUUCAAGUACGGACACAUUGCAAAACUCUGCAACAAUAAAGCAAUAUGUGCAAAUUGCUCCCGGGAGGGACAUAAAAGUGAGAACUGCAAGAUUAAGCCCAGCUGUACCAACUGCGUCGCAGCUAACGAGACUCAUCGAUUUAACCUGACAACUGACCACAGCGCGACCAGUAGUUUCUGCGAGACUUAUCAAUGGGAACGAGAGAAGAUUACUAAGAGAAUCAACUAUGGAUAGAAACCCAAGAACAACUUUGAACUCACAUAUUCACCUCAACGAUACUUCAAGUCUCAUUCCAACGCAGAAACAUUGGGACAACCUGAAAUUAUCACACAUAAACUUAAAUCAUGCGAAAAUAGCUAACGUCCAGCACUCCAUUGAUUUUAUUAACAACAGCAUCACUAUUGGUUCGUUGAACGAGCCCUAUUACAA